AUGGCCGACCAGGAACCUUCCACUUCCAACCCGGACUCUACUACCUCCACCCCCAACAAGCCCAAGCGUGUCCCUCCAAAGCUAGGCAAGAAGUCCCCUGCCAAGCAAGAGCAGACCCCUCCUCCCUCCGAGGAAGGCCAACAAGAAAACGAACAAGACCAAGACCACGAAGAGUCCGAGCAGCCCCAGACAGAAGACAAGAACCAGGACCAGGACCAGGACCAGGACCAACCCGAGCCGCGCAAGCAAGAGCCCGACUCAGACGACGAGGACCAGCAAAAAGACCCUGAGCCCGAGCCCGAACCCCAACCAAAGGCUCAACCCGAACGCCGUCGCCGCAAGACACGCCCUCCCCAGCGCCCCCAAGACUCAGACGCUGAAUCCAUCCCCCGCAACGACAUGGACGGUCAACCCGAGCAGCGCCGCCAGCGCACCCGCCGCACCCGCCAGCACCAGCAGCAGCAAGGUCAACAAGAAGGAGGACCCCUCGGUUCCCUCGGCGGUCUCGGCGGUGUCGACCAGGCUGGCCAACUGGUGCAGAAUACCGCAGGUAAUGCACUGAACGGCGUCACCGGGUCAGCCGGUAAAGCUGUUGGUGGAAUUCUAGGCGGCGAACAGAAGGAGGAGAAGGAUGAAGGUGGUCGCGAUGAGCAGUUGCGGUUGCGGCUGGAUUUGAAUCUCGAUAUUGAGAUUCAGUUGAAGGCGAAGAUUCACGGUGAUCUGACCCUGGGCUUGUUGAAUUAA